UUUUGCACUGUCUAGACGAAGAAGAAGAAAAAAGACGACGAAGAAGAAGAGUAUUGUCGUCGUGUAACACUGCGUAUUUGUUUUCCAAUAUUUAUUAGACCCUUUUUCGGUUAUCGGGCUCUUUUAGCACAGCUAGCUGUUUUCUGUAUAUAAUGACGUCUAAGUGAAACGUAUUACCGUGACAGACUCACGGGUAUUUAGCUAAAACAAGCUAACAGCAGGAGUUAGCAGGAGUUGCGCAUCAGUACCUCUAUCAGCUGAUCCAAAAUGUACACUCUGCUGUCUGGAUUAUACAAGUACAUGUUUCAGAAGGACGAAUACUGCGUGUUGAUCCUGGGUCUGGAUAAUGCAGGAAAGACGACCUUUCUGGAACAGACCAAGACUAAGUUCAGUAAAAACUACAAGGGGAUGAAUCUGUCCAAAGUCACAACAACAGUUGGGUUAAACAUUGGUACCAUCGACGUCGGCAAGGCUCGCCUAAUGUUCUGGGAUCUGGGCGGUCAGGAGGAGCUGCAGUCUCUCUGGGACAAAUACUACGCAGAGUCUCACGGAGUCAUCUAUGUGAUUGAUUCAACUGAUGAAGAGCGCCUUUCAGAGUCAAAGGAAGCCUUUGAGAAAAUGAUCUGCAGUGAGGCGUUAGAAGGCGUUCCACUCCUCAUUCUUGUCAACAAGCAGGAUGUACCGAGUUGUUUGUCGGUUCCAGACAUCAAAACAGCCUUCAGUGACUCGGCACCGAAGAUCGGCAAAAGAGACUGCUUAGUGCAGCCCUGCACUGCCCUCACAGGGGACGGAGUGAACGAAGGCAUUCAGUGGAUGGUGAAGUGUGUGGUGAGGAACAUUCACCGGCCGCCCAGGCAGAAGGACAUCACCUAAAACAUGGCUAACCCCACAUAUUCUGGACGUUGGCUGAGUUUUUGGACAUUCCAUGUGACCCCUGGAGUUGAUGACAUUCUGAUUUUUUCUAGUUUUACACUAGUUGGAAGUUUUUCUCUUUGGACUCUUGUUACAGUGUGACUGUACAGGUUGAUUUUGCACUGUGAACUUGGGGUGAUACAUUUUCUAGAGAUCAGUAGCGGACUGCUCAGUCAGUUGAGCCUCACUGACAGCAAGGAAACAUUGAUAUUUCACUUGUCUUAUAAAUACAACAAGUUUUCAUUACUUUAGUCGGGUCCUUAAAUUCAUUUUUCCUUUAUUUACAGAUUUAGACGUGUCUGGCCAUGAAGUUCAACAUUUAAUAUCUGUUAUAUCCAAAAAGGUCACAACAUAUUUGAGGACGCGGGUUAAAAAUGAGUGUUCAAACAUUCUUUUUAUUUAAAUACUUUUUCU